AUGCGUCUUUUGGUAAUUGAUAGUGACGGUGAGCUGCGCCUCAUUAACCGUGUCGGUGAUAACAUUCCGGAAUAUGCCAUACUUUCGCAUACCUGGGGAGCAGAUGACGAGGAGGUCACCUUCAAAGAUGUCAUCAAUAAGACUGGGAUCAACAAACCUGGAUAUAAGAAGCUGCUAUUUUGUGGAAAGCAAGCGGAGAAAGAUGGUCUCCUAUUCUUCUGGGUGGAUUCGUGUUGCAUCGAUCGAUCAAGCAGCGCCGAACUCUCGACGGCGAUUAACUCUAUGUUUCGCUGGUAUCGUGAAGCUGCUCGGUGCUACGUGUAUCUUUCAGAUGUUCCUAACCCGAAGGAUCCUACAUCUACGGCGGAGUCAGCAUUCCUAAACAGCCGAUGGUUCAUGCGAGGGUGGACACUCCAAGAGCUCCUGGCGCCGUCAUCCGUCCAAUUCUUCUCCUAUAAAGGCGAGCCUUUGGGCGAUAAGAAAUCGCGAGAGCAACAAGUUCAUCAGAUAACCGGGAUUGCCAUUGAUGCUCUUCGAGGAAAUCCUAUGUCUGAAUUCAGCAUCGCCGACCGACUAUCAUGGGCAGCAAGACGUGAGACAACGAUCGGAGAAGAUGCUGCAUACUGCCUGCUAGGUAUUUUCGAAAUCUACAUACCACUUAUUUACGGCGAAGGACGGAACAAUGCAUUGGACCGGCUUCAGCGGAAGAUCCGAAAGUUUUCGAACCCAGCAUCGCUCAUCCCAGCAGGUGCUCCUUGGAUUGUACCUUUUGAAAGAAACCCCCAUUUCACCGGUCGCGAAUCGCAACUCGCUCAGUUGGAAGGCAAGCUAUUCGCCAAAGAUCGCACAAUGAAGAUCGCAGUGACGGGACUUGGGGGAGUAGGAAAGACUCAGCUGGUACUGGAACUGUUGUUUCGGACGAAGGAAAAAUUCCAAAACUGCUCGAUCAUCUGGAUACCGGCAACGAACAUGGAAAAUCUUCAUCAAGCCUACGUCCACGUUGCGCGGCAACUGGGAAUUCCUGGUUGGGAGCAAGAGCAAAGAGAUGUGAAGAAACUGGUCCAAGAAUACCUGAGCAUAGAUAAUGCAAGCCAGUGGCUGCUUGUGUUCGACAACGCCGAUGACUUGGACAUGUGGAUUACCAAAACUAUACCUCGAGAGGAACCGGAGCAAGAGCUUUCCCGAUUGAUCGACUAUCUCCCGAGCAGUAAGCAAGGCUCUAUCAUCUUCACUACGCGUGAUCGGAAGACGGCCGUCAAGCUCGCACCGCAAAAUAUAGUGGAGGUGACUGAGAUGGAUGAAGAAAUAGCAAUGCAACUGCUUCGAAAGAGCUUGGCCAAUAAAGAUCACCUUGGCAGGGGACCAGACACAACAGACCUGCUUGCAAAGCUUAUGUACCUCCCACUGGCUAUCAUUCAAGCAGCAGCGUACAUCAAUGAGAACGGGACGUCUAUAACAGAGUACCUGUCUGUCCUCAAAGGGCAAGAAGAAGAUACUAUCGAUAUUCUGAGUGAGGACUUUGAAGAUGCUGGAAGAUACCACAACGUAAAGAAUCCCGUAGCCACGACAUGGCUGAUCUCAUUCGAGCAGAUCCGACGUCGUGAUGCUCUGGCGGCCGAUUACCUCUCGUUCAUGGCCUGUGUGGAACCAAAGGACAUUCCGCUGUCUCUGUUCCCACCAGGGCUGUCACGGAAGAAGGAAAUGGAUGCGAUCGGAACGCUUUACGCGUAUUCUUUCAUCAGCAGACGGCCAGCAGACCUGGCAGUCGAUGUUCAUCGGCUAGUGCAUUUGUCUACGCGCAACUGGCUUCGAAACGAAGGGAUACUUGUCCGGUCAAUGGAGAAAGCAAUUUCGCGACUAGAAGAAGUGUUUCCGGACGCGGACCACAAAAAUCGGAGCAUUUGGAGAACAUAUUUGCCACAUACGCGUUAUGUACUGGAGUCAGAUCUGGUUGACAGAAAUUGGAAGGAUAGAACGGAUCUUCUAUGGAGAUAUGGAACGUGUCUCUACGAAGACGGAAGAUGGAAUGAGGCCGAGGGACCUUUUACACAGGUUCUCGAAAUGAAGAAGAGGUUGCUUGGACUAGAGCAUCCAGACACGCUGACCAGCAUGGCCAACCUGGCGUCGACGUACCGGAAUCAAGGCCGGUGGGACGCAGCCGAAGAGCUGGAGGUGCAAGUAAUGGAGACUCGCAAGAAGAAACUCGGAGCGGACCAUCCCCAUACGCUCAGCAGCAUGGCCAACCUGGCGUCGACGUACUGGAAUCAAGGCCGGUGGGACGCAGCCGAAGAGCUAGAGGUGCAAGUGAUGGAGACUCGCAAGAAGAAACUCGGAGCGGACCAUCCCGACACGCUCAGCAGCCUGGCCAACCUGGCGUCGACAUACUGGAAACAAGGCCGGUGGGACGCAGCGGAAGAGCUAGAUGCGCAAGUAAUGGAGACUCGCAGGAAGAAACUCGGAGCGGACCAUCCCGACACGCUGACCAGCAUGGCCAACCUGGCGUCAACGUACUGGAAUCAAGGCCGGUGGGACGUAACUGAAGAGCUAGAGGUGCAAGUAAUGGAGACUCGCAAGAAGAAACUCGGAGCGGACCAUCCCCACACGCUCAGCAGCAUGGCCAACCUGGCCAUAACGUGGAAAGGAACCGGCCGAGAUUUGGAUGCUAUUCAUCUAAUGGAACAAUGCAUCAUGCUACGAAAGCAUGUCUUAGGUGUUGAUCACGCUUACACUCGUUCUUCUUCGGCAAUAUUGAUGCAGUGGCAGACAGAGCAGCUUGAUAUUGGUACGUCGGCAGCUAAAGACGGGGAGUGCGAUGACAAAGUUGAUCAAUAG